AUGGAGAACCUCUUCUUGUCGAAAGAAAAGGGGAUGGGUUAUUGGGCUUCGCCAAGAGCUCAGACGGAUAGUUUCACCCCUUUCGAUGGUGCUCCGAGGAAUUCAUUUUUGGAGGACCCGUUGAACAAUUUUUCAGAGGUUAUGAAUUUUGAUAUGCAUGCUGGAUGGUGCAGCAGCUCGUCAGCUAUGGAUGAAACGCUUUCCCCUAUGGAAUGCCAUCUUUUCCGUCAACAUCCUAUCCAUCCUUUGAUGGAGGAAGAUACAAUAGUUACUGCUGGGACUUCUUACAAUGGUGAUGAUAAAGUGAUGCUUCAGCAAACGAAUUCCCUUUUCGAUUAUCCCUCAGAUUCAAUUGAUGCUGAUGAUUUGGUUGCAAAACACAGUAAUAGUGCUGGUCAACAAAACCGUUUCCUAAACACAACAGAUUGUUUUAUUUCUCAGACACUUGGGGCUUCACUUGAUGAGAGGAUGCUAAGGGCAUUAUCCUUACUGAAGGUUUCGUCUGGAGGGGGCAUUUUGGCGCAAGUGUGGGUUCCCAUAAGGAAUGGGGAUCAAUACAUAUUGAGCACUUCAGACCAACCAUACUUGCUUGACGAAAUGCUCGCGGGGUUCCGAGAAGUGUCUAGAACAUUUACCUUCUCUGCAGAAGUGAAGCCUGGUGUGCCUCUAGGGCUUCCUGGUCGCGUAUUCAUUUCCAAAGUUCCAGAGUGGACUUCGAAUGUGAUUUAUUAUAGCAAGGAGGAAUACUUACGGUCAAAGCAUGCAGUUGAUCAUGAAGUACGGGGUUCUUUUGCAUUACCGAUCUUUGAUCCCGAUGAGAUGUUCUGCUGUGCUGUUCUGGAACUUGUCACUGUUAAAGAGAAACCGGAUUUUGAUUCAGAGAUGGAAAAUAUUUGCCAUGCACUCGAGGCUGUGAACUUAAGGAGCACUGCACCUCCUCGACUUCUUCCUCAGUGUCUCUCAAGCAACAAAAGAGCUGCCUUGUCUGAAAUAGCUGAUGUUCUACGAGCUGUAUGCCACGCACAUAGGUUGCCUCUGGCUCUUACGUGGAUGCCUUGUAAUUAUACCGAGGAAGCUGUUGAUGAAAUCAUAAAAGUGUGUGUCAGGGAAGCCAAUUCAAGGCCAAGUGGUAAAUGUGUAUUGUGCAUUGAAGGCACAGCUUGCUAUGUGAAUGACAAAAAGAUGCAAGGUUUUGUGCAUGCAUGUGCAGAACAUUAUAUAGAGGAAGGGCAAGGUAUAGCUGGAAAAGCACUGCAAUCAAAUAAUCCCUUCUUCUUCCAUGAUGUGAAGGCAUAUGAUAUAACUGAGUAUCCACUUGUUCAUCAUGCACGCAAGUAUCGUCUCAAUGCUGCAGUUGCAAUCAGGCUAAGAAGCACCUACACUGGUGAUGAUGACUAUAUUUUAGAGUUCUUUCUGCCCAUCAAUAUAAAGGGGAGUUCCGAUCAGCAACUCCUGUUGAACAACCUCUCAGGUACCAUGCAGAGAAUUUGUAAGAGUUUGAGAACAGUUUCAGGUACAGAAUUAGUUGGGCAGGAAUGUUCUGAAGUUGGGUUGCCAAAGGAAGCAGUACCAAGCUUCCGACCAAUGUCCAUAUCAAAGGGAAGCUCUCAAACUGCACUACCAGAAGGAAACUUGGACUCUGCUGCCAAGACGUCUUUUAAUGUGUCUAAUUCAAAAAAUGAUCGAACAGAAUCAAAUAGUUCUAGUGAACAGUCAAUGAGUGGAUCUAGAAGACAAUUGGAGAAAAAGAGAAGCACAGCAGAGAAAACUGUGAGCUUGAGUGUUCUUCAGCAAUACUUUUCUGGAAGUCUCAAGGAUGCUGCGAAAAGCAUUGGUGUUUGCCCCACAACGCUGAAGAGAAUUUGCAGACAGCAUGGAAUAUCCAGAUGGCCAUCCCGCAAGAUAAAUAAGGUGAACCGCUCAUUAAGAAAAAUACAGACUGUGCUUGACUCUGUUCAGGGGGUGGAAGGAGGGCUGAAAUUUGAUCCUACCACAGGUGGUUUUGUAGCAGGGUCCUCCAUGAUUCAAGAAUUUGAUACUCAAAAUGGUUUUGUAUUUCAAGAGAAACAUCUGCCCAAUAUAAAUAAUGAACCAGCUAACCAUGGUGUAGUUUCUGUACUUCCGGUUCACUGUACUGAUGGCAAUAAUUAUACUGUUAAAGUCGAAGAAGGUGAAUGUCGUAUAGGUAGCGGGGGAUUAUUAAAGGAGUCUAGCAUUCAUGUGAUUGAUUGUAGUGAAGAUUCUAAGUUGGUUGCAAUAGAUGCUGGAUUAUGUGAGCAGGCUAGCUUUGGCUCUGGACCUUGGGCUUGUCUCGAAAAUGACUCCUCAGGUUCUUUUGCAGAAGCAGGCAGCAAAUGGUGCAUGAAAAAUGGUGGUAUUAUACCAGAGCACUCGGACUCCCAUUUUGUGUCUCAAAGAUCAAGCUCCUUAAUUGCUGCUGAUGAGAUGGAUGCCAAAAUGGAGGGUGAUGAUGGAAAUGUGGAACAUAACCAGCCUACUUGUUCAAGCAUGACUGACUCAUCAAACGACUCUGGUUCAAUAAUGCAUUGCAGUACAUCAAGCUCUCCUAGCUUUGAGGAGAGAGAGCAUUCAAAAGCGAAACCUAGUUUUGGUGAUGGUGAUUUAAAAAUUACUGUAAAGGCCAGUUACAAAGAAGAUUUAGUGCGAUUCAAGUUUGAUCCAUCAGCGGGAUGUUUCCAACUGUAUGAAGAAAUAUCAAAGAGGUUCAAAUUGCAGACUGGAACAUUCCAGCUCAAGUAUCUAGAUGAUGAAGAGGAGUGGGUAUUGUUGGUGAGCGACUCUGACUUUCAGGAGUGUCUGGAGAUAAUGGAAUAUGUUGGGACUCGUAAUGUGAAGUUCCUUGUUCGUGACACGCCUUACGCUAUGGGCAGCUCUGGCAGCAGCAACAAUGGCUUUUUGGUAGGAAGCUCCUAG